UUAAUUUUGGAGUUGCACCGGCCACUGUACGGCCCUGUCACAUCUGUCAACCUCACUUUUGACCAAAGUUCCCAAAUGUAAUUUUAGCACAAAUGAAUCGCUCACGCAAGAUUGUGGAUGCAGUUGCGCCACCUCUCAUGUCCAUGGACCAUUUUAGCACACAAAAAGAGAGAAGAUCGGCUCGACAACUUCACUCGAAUUCAAGCGAAAAUCCACUUGUUCCCUCCUCUUUAUAAGCUCUAGAGACACCUCUCGUUCUCGCACCUCACCAGAGCUCGCAGACGCAGACGAAUCAAGUGUGUUAGCCAACCAUGUCGCCGCCGCCGUCGUCAGAGCCGCACGUGGUGGAAGACAUCCGCGGCCUGGUGCAGCUGAUGAGCGACGGCACGGUGCGGCGCAGCGCCGAUCCGGCGUCGUACCCGGUGGUGGACGCCGACCCGGACGGCGGCGGCGGCAGCGGCAGCGACGGCGACGACGACAGCGGCGUGGAGUGGAAGGACGUGACGUGGCAGCGGGAGCACGACCUGAACGCGCGCCUCUACCGCCCGCGCCACCUCGGCGCGGCCAACGACGCGCAGAUCCCCAUCGUCGCCUACUUCCACGGCGGCGGCGCCGGCGGCGGGUUCUUCUGCCUGGGGUCCGGGCGCUGGCCGGGCCCGCACGCGUGGUGCCUCCGCCUCGCCGCGGAGCUCCCCGCCGUCGUGCUCUCCUUCGACUACCGCCUCGCGCCCGAGCACCGCCUCCCCACCGCGCAGGAGGACGGCGCCGAGGCCAUGGCGUGGCUCCGCGCGCACGCCGCCCACGACCCCUGGUUCGCCGACGACGCCGACUUCGCGCGCGUCUUCGUCGCCGGCGCCUCGGCCGGCGGCAACAUCGCGCACCACGUCGCCACCGAGUUCGGCAAGACCGGCCUCGGCCCGCCGGUCCGGAUCCGCGGGACCGUCCUCCUGACGCCGGCCAUGGCCGGCGAGGCCCGGACGCGCGCCGAGGCGGCCCCGCCGCCCGCCGCAAACUCGUCCCUCCUCACCGCCGACAUGGUCGACCGGUACGCGCGCCUCUUCCUGCCGCCCGGGGCGACCAGGGACCACCCGGCGAUCAACCUGGCCGGGCCGGAGGCGCCGCCGCUGGAGGUGGCGGCGAUGGCUCCAGUGCUCGUGGUCGCGGCGGAGCGCGACGUGCUCCGGGACCGGCACGCGCAGUACGCGCGGCGGAUGAAGGAGGAGUGGGGCAAGGAGGUGGAGUACGCGGAGCUCGCCGGGGUCGGGCACGGGUUCUCGGAGGCCGACGACCCAUGGACGCGGCCCGCCGACGAGCUCGUCCGCCUCGUCCGGCGGUUCGUCGUCGCGCACAUGGACGCGGAGUAGGUUCCCUUCCUACCACGGAUAGCUGCUUCUAGCUGGAUCACUAAUGGCGUGCGUAGGUGGCACGGCAUGGAUGGACCAUGGACCUGCUGCUUCUUGGUUGAGGAAUUCCGGUGGCUGAUUUGAUUUCUGGAUUAGGACGGGCUGAUUUUUUGAUUGCUUCUUGUUCAUCUUUGCUUCCAAACAAAGUUCCGCCUGCGAUUUGCUCAUUGUUUCCUUCAGAUGACCAUGGUCGUUGAACUCGAACUUUCUUGACAUCGAAGUUGGCCGGUCUGAUCGAGCACCUUCUUGGCAGUUCUCAAGGCACAGUUGUUGAUUCUUAUCGUUCUAACUUUCUUUUUCCUU